ACCCAUGAUCAAUAUGGCAGUUUCGUAUUUCGUACCUCAGGCCAUGUAGGGGCUAGUGGUGAUUGUAUAUGUCGUAGAAAAACAAUAUGAUUCUCCAGUGAAUUAUCACAGCGAGUAAGCGUCCUGCUAACAGUCAAAUCGGACGAACGGUAGGACUGGGUAGGAUCGACUAGGAUUCGUCGCUAUAACCAAAGAUCUUGCAAGCUCUUACGAUAUAAAUACUUCAAAAAAAUCGACUUUAAAAUGGUAAAGUUAUAUGCACUGACUGUUCUAUAUAAAAGUCCUCCGUCAGUAACGACGCUGAAAGCUGCUUACGAUGUAGAGUCGUUCUCGUUUUUUCAAAAGAAUAGUAUUAAAGAGUUCAUGUGUUUUGUCAGUAAAACCAUUGUAGAAAGAACGCAGACUUGUGCCAGGCAGAGCGUCAAAGAAGGAGAAUACAUGUGUCAUGUCUAUGUACGAGCCGACAAUCUCGCUGCAGUUCUCAUCUCGGAUCAUGAAUACCCUAGGAGAGUGGCUCAUACUCUAAUUACAAAAAUGAUGGAAGAGUUUACGGUGAAAUAUCCACCAUCGACAUGGCCCGCGCUUAAAGAGGUCACCGCUGACUUUCCACAGAUCAAUACGUAUCUAGCCAAGUAUCAGAAUCCAGUCGACGCGGAUGCGCUCACAAAAAUGCAGAACGAUCUAGAUGAAACCAAAAUUAUUUUGCACAAUACCUUAGAAGCUGUGUUGCAAAGGGGAGAGAAGCUGGAUGAUCUAGUCUCUAAAUCGGAAGGACUCAGCGCUCAGUCGAAGGCGUUUUACAAGACCGCACGGAAAACCAAUUCCUGCUGUAGUUUAGCUCCUUAAAAUGUUUUCUUCCUCUUUCUUUUUUAGCGAGCUUUGCCGCUUCAAUAUUUCAUAAAUGUGACUUUAUAAUCAUUGUGGUAUAGAAAUGCAAAUGAAUAUUUAUAUACAUAAUUCAUGGAAAAGUUAAUGCAGAAAAUAGGAGAGAAGAAAGGGGAAAGAAGAUUUAGCAAAUAAAGAGAGAUAAUAAAGAGAUACAGAGGGUAUCAAUCUAUCCAUGUUUUUUAGUGGAACAUAUAUAAUUUAAUAAAUUUUGAAUUGAAUAACGGGAAAAAAGCAAACCACUGCCGGUUCUUCCCAGUUAAGUUAAAUUUUUUAUAAGAAUGUUACAUGCCUGUAGAAUUUAUUUACUCGCGAGAAAACGGUCCUAAUUGCAUAUGAGAAUUACUUCCGAGAUGAGUUUCACGCAAAGAGAAACAACCGGAAUUCCCAAUGUUAAAGUAUCGCCUUAAACACAUUCCGAAUGUUAAUUGUGCCCUUUUUACGUGUGAAAAAGACACAAGUGCAAUUUGAGGUUGUUUAUUAUAACAUUUAUAAUAGCCUCGUGAAUCAAUAGAUGCAACGCGAUAAUGAUAACUGUAAUUGGAUGAACGAUAUAUUUCUGUUCAAACAAUUAGGCUCCAGUCUAAUAUGAUCAGCAUGAAGUAAUCAAAAAGUCUUUUUGACACAAACAAAAUUUUUGUUAACACUAGAAAUCAUUUUGUUUGUGGUAACCCUGCGAUAUUUUAUAAUUGUGUUGAGAAGUCAUUUAUAUUAUAAUAUCUAAAUUGGAAAAUAUUUUACCAGAGAAAUAUUCCAAGAAAA